CAAACGUCUCGCGUGGCGGCCGGCAGGUACUCUUCUCUCUCUCUGGGCCGUUUUUUUUUUCUCUUGGGACUGAAUUAAUGGAUUAACUGGUGUAUGGGUAUUCAAGGGAAGACCUUUUCUAUGUUUUCAAGAUGUCCACAAUGUCCGGAGGAAAGAGGAAGUCACGCAAGCCGCAGAAGUGGGAGGAUUAUGUCGCAGACGAGGAGCAGCUCGCCUCCAUCGAGAAGGAGCUCGAGAAAGAGGAGAAGGCACGGAUGCAGAACCUAGAUGACGACGACUCAAAUAAAGAGAGGGAGAGUGAGGAAGAUAUAAAAGUAGAGGAGGAAGACAUAAAAGAAGAAAAGGAAAGGGUGAUGUCGGAGGAUGAGAUGCAGUUGGAGAUUGACAUGAGCCGAGGGGAAGAAGACCAAGAUAUACGAGAUUGCGAAAGCAGGAGUAAAGAAGAAGAGAGUGAUGGUGAGUUGGAAGAUAGAUUAGAUGCAGGGCAGUCCACACCAGCAGGAGAAGCAGAUCAAGUAAUUGGGGAAUGUAAGUCGUGUGGGAUUCAGCUGCGUGACUGGAGUUCUACCCAAAGCCACCUCAGAUUUCAUCGUCUGUCCCACGUGCCGUAUUGUAUCAACUGGUCAUCCUGUGUUGCACCUCAGACUAAAAGAAUCACCUGCCAGGUUUGUCAGCGUCACUGUCAGACCAAGGACGUUCUAGCAUACCAUGCUUACUCUGAGCACUAUAGAGGGGAUUUGAAUACCUGCCCCUUCUGCAGCACUUCUUUUAAGAACAUGAAGGAAUUCCAGGAGCACCUAGACUUCGAUACUGUCAGCUUGCGGUGUCAUGUUUGUGAAGUGUUUGUGAAUGAGGAGCAUAAAUAUUAUCAACAUGUUGCAGACUGCAUCGCCAAAAAGUAUCCAAAAGCUACAUCUGUUGUUUGUCAUAUCUGUAAAAAGAUUACAGAGGUUUUUCAGCUGUGUGACCACCUGAUGCAACAUAGCACUCUCCCAAAUCUAUCUCGGUAUUUGGCGCAGAAGAAUAGGAGACGACCAGUCAUUCCUCCCAAAUCAGAGAACUCUCGACAGCAGCAGAGUCGUUUCCGCCCAUUCUUGUGCGAGAUCUGUGACCGGAGAUUUGUUGUGUACAGUGAAUUUAAACGGCACUUGUAUUCUCACUUUAAGUCACGAUCAUUUGUAUGCACCUAUUGUGGCCGGAGUUACUGCCAGAAGAACACGCUCAUUGUUCAUCUUUACUCCUAUCAUAAUGCUUCUCUCAAGGCUGAGGAAAUCACUCCCACGGAGGAUACCAACCAAAGGUAGUAUAUUGAGGGUUAG